AUGGACUACGAAGAUGAGCAGGACAUGGCAGCAUCGCGCUCGGGCAGCAGAACCCCUCGCAACCACAGACCCGUUCCAAAACAGGCGCCACAGCAGACUGUCAACCAAUUCUGGGAUCGCUUCAAUACCAAAUAUCCCGGCAAGGUCUUUACUGUGCUUCCCGACAACCCAUAUGCUCGGAGCAAAGCCGCGCAAAAACCAAAGGGCGUUGUCCAGGGUUCCGCCGCCGUCAAAUCAUAUGAGGAGGCCAGAAAUGAAUGCGAACUGGCCGUCCGUCGCAUAGUCAAAGAGUGCGAGCACAUCAAUCAAAAGUACACCGAUCCCCAUUUUGAUCUUGAAUUCGACUUGAAGACCGGGAAAAGAAAUUGCUUAGAUGGGUUAAGAGGGCGCAAUCAGGAAAUGCUGCCGAGGGGCGUUAAAAGAGUGACAGACAUAUUUGAAAACCCCCAAUUUUUCAUCAAUGGCCCCACCCCAGGCGACGUUCGUCAAGGACGAGAUGGGGAUUGUUGGCUCAUGGCGGCUCUGUGCACAAUGGGCAACAAAGAAGAUAUUAUCAAUCGAAUCUGCGUCGCCCAAGAUGAAAAAGUCGGGGUAUACGGCUUCGUAUUUUACAGAGACGGCGAAUGGCAGCACUGCAUAGUCGACGACAAGCUGUAUCUUCGAGCUGCAGACUAUGACGAGUCCAUCGACGAACGUCCUGUUUGGGACGACAUCAGUCGCAAGGAUACCGAGGAGGAGUACCGCAAGGCCUGGCAGACAGGAUCCCGAGCCCUGUAUUUUGCGCAAUGUUCGGAUGAUAAUGAGACGUGGCUGCCGUUGCUGGAAAAGGCAUAUGCUAAGGCACAUGGUGACUAUUCUGCGAUUGAAGGCGGAUUCGUCGGGGAAGCACUUGAGGAUUUGACGGGUGGGGUGACUUCCGAGAUUCUGUCAACAAACAUUCUCGACAAAGACAAGUUUUGGAGAGAAGAGUUGAUGAAUGUCAACAAGCAAUUUCUCUUCGGGUGUGCUACAGGAAUGUUUGCAAACUGGCUUGAGCCAAACUAUCGAGGGCCACCAAGGGACCGAAAGGGUAUCUCUGAGGGUCAUUCCUAUUCUAUCAUGGAUGCCAAGGAGAUCAAUGGAGUCAGGCUACUCCGCGUAAGAAACCCUUGGGGCAAAAAGGAGUGGAGCGGAGCGUGGAGCGAUGGUUCCGAACAAUGGAGUGUAGAGUGGAUGAAGUUAUUAGGACAUAAGUUUGGGAACGACGGGGUAUUCUGGAUUUCAUAUGACGACCUUCUCAAGAAGUACCAGCACUUUGACAGAACACGCUUGUUCGGUCCCGAAUGGACAGUCACUCAACAGUGGACCAACCUCCAUGUGCCGUGGUCGGCAGACUAUCACAAUACAAAGUUCGCCGUAGAGCUUACACAGAAAAGCCCUAUUGUGGUAGUUCUAUCUCAGCUCGACACUCGGUACUUCCGUGGCUUGGAGGGUGAAUACGAUUUCACUCUUCAGUUCCGGCUCGAAAAGGAAGGCGAGGAAGAUUACAUUGUUCGCAGCAGUACCACCUACAUGAUGUCUCGGUCUGUCAAUACCGACAUCACUUUGGAUGCCGGACGGUACUCGAUUUUGGUCAAAGUCACAGCUUACCGCCGCAAAGCCACCACUAACCCGGAAAAUGUUGUUGAACAGCUCGCGUCAUGCCGAAGGGAAAAGUUGGUUCAGAUCGGCCUCUCGUACGACCUGGCCCAUACCAAGGGGCUCGAAGUGGAAACAGACGAAGAAAAAAUGCAACGAGAGGAGCGCGAAGAGCGACACCGGUUUGCUGAACGGACUAAAUUGCGCGAACGAACUAUUAAGAAACUACAACAGCAACAUAUUCGCGAGAAAAAGAUUAUGGCCAGAAAGGAGAGGAUGAUGGAACAGGAUCGGCUGAGGCAAGCGGCAGCCGCUAGUUAUCAUGCAGAGCCCCUUGAAGAGGAUGAUAGCACCUAUGGUGACAUAAAAACACCAAAUGGCAAUGGCUAUGUCAAUGGGAAUGGAAAUAGCGUCUCUCAAUCGACGAGGAAAGCUCGCGUGCCGAGUCGGCCGCCUAGACCUAGCCUCAACAUGAGCUUUUCCAGGCACGGGAAUCGCGACGUUGCAGAACUUCUUCAAGAUUUCGAAUUCGACUCUGACAUCGAUAUGCCGCCUGAGGACUCUCCACGCGCCAGCAAACUACCGAGCCUCUCGGCCGAGUCGACAUUUGGCGAAGGAGGCGAAGACCCAUGGAAUGCAGUAUGUGUGGUCGGACUCAAGGUGUUCUCCAAGGACCCGCAAUUGAAGCUGCAAGUCGUGAAACCCGAAGGUGGCAAUGGUGAAGCUCCGUUGGACCGUGACGAUCCCGCCAUGUCGGCAACCUUGGAAAAGAGAUCGUCCUGGCUCACAUAG